AUGUUUGAAGGUCUUAUAUAGAAAGUGUUGUUAGCCAUCUUCGGACGGUUUAUCGAUGGACUGGACAAGAAACAAAUUAAUUUGUCUUUUUUGAAGGGGAAUUUGGUUAUAGAGAAUGUCUCAAUAAAGAAGGAAGCUCUGGAAGCCUUGUAAUUGCCGAUUGAAUUGGUGUACAGUUCAAUACAGAGGAUCGAGAUAAAUCUUCCGUGGAACAACUUGACGACUCAAAGAACAGAAAUAAAGAUCCAUAGUGUAUUCUUGUUGGUCACUACUAUUUCCGAAGAGAUGUGGGGAUUGGAAGAGAUAAAUUAUUACAAGCCAAAGGCAGCCCAAGUUAGAGCCUACAUUAAGAAGGUGAUGGAUGAAGAAGUCAGAAAACAAGAGCCCACGACUGAUAACUAAGAGUCCGAUCAAAAGGAGGCUGGGUUUUUUCAAAAACAAAUAACCAGAAUAGUUGAUAAUCUUUACGUAUCAAUUUCCGAUGUGCAUUUUCGUUAUGAACAUUGUAUUAGCAAGCAUUCUUUUUCAUGGGGCAUCACCAUAAAUCAUAUAACUUAAUAGACAGUAGAUUCGGAAUGGAAAAUUUCAUAAGCAUCUAGUCCCUACAUUCACGAACGCAAGGACUCUACCUUUGUGAACAAACAAAUGCAAUUGUCCAAAUUGGCAAUGUAUUGGAAUUCCGACGACCAUUAUCUCAUUUUGAGUAGCAUCAUUAAACCAUAACAAUACAAGAAUGUUGAUCUCCAAAAGGUGGUCAGCAAAAUGGACCCGUACAAAGUUGAUCUCGAUCUUCAUCAACGCACAGUCUAUCAGAUUGAUGAAAAAAUGCAGGCCAGAAUACAGUCCAGACUAUAAUAGGAAUUGGUCUAUGAACCAGAUAAUUUGACGAUGGGAAUCAAAACAUCCAAAUCCUCUAAAUACAUCUUUUGUCUCAAUGCUGUGGCUAAUGUGGUACAAACAUAUUAGCACUUUCGCAAAGUCCCUAAAUACAAAAUUAAGGUGGAAUUACAAGAAAUGGAUUUUAAAAUCAAGCAUACCCAAUAUAAGGAGAUAUUAAAACUUGCAUCCAUAUUUAAUCUCUACUAAUACAGAGCCAAAUAGCAGAUGGACUAAUAUCUUACAUCUGUAAUGAGACCUUACCAAUAAGAUUUUCUGAAAACGGACAACAACUCUCUCUACCUCAGAUCCUUAUUUCAGUAUCUUGUCAAGACUUAGAUCCUUGAAAUAAGACGAAAAAGAUUUCUAGAAUUCGAAAUGAAUGCUCUACAAAGAAAAACCACUCCAUCUGCUCUCUUGAAAUCAUCACAUCGAGAAUUAAGACAGUAUCAAUAAAUUGUGAUAAAGACCUCAAUAACUACAUUACAGAUGUGGGCCAAAUAAGCCUUAGAAAUAUUUGAAAGAGCCAAAGAACACCAUCAAAUUGAGUAGGCAUUCAAGAAGGAAAUUGAAAAAGCAUACAAACCAUCAGCUUUAAUGGACGAAGAAACUUAUGUGUAUUUGGAAUUUAGAUUGUCAAUUGUUAAAGGCAGUUUGAAAUUAUUGAGGAAGCAUAAGAACCUGGAGGAAGGAUUCACGAUAUUGUGGAAGAAUUUUGAUUACUUUUUGUAAAAGAGGAGAAAUAAUUUUGAACUGGAAUAAAUUAUACAAGACAUGGAGGUUUAGAUGUUUAGUGUUGAAGAGAAGAAUGAUAUUAUUGUACCUAUUGUGAGGAAGAUAAAAAGCUAUGAUAUUUAAGAGAAACCUCUCAUUUACUUUAAAUUAGAAAAGCAUCCCUUAUCUAAACCAAAUUAUUUUAGUAGCAUAUAUUUGGAUGUACAAAAGAUUGAAUUCAUGGUCUUUGUAGCCUCUUUAUAAAGAGUGAUUGCCUAUUUUAGAAUGCCUCCUCAAGAUGACAGACAGUAGGAGAGUAAGGUGAAAGAAAAUGCAAACAAGAAUAAGAAGGAGCAGAAGGACAAAAAGGAUGAUCCAGAUGCAGACAAGAAAAUAGAAACUUAAACCAAAAACUACAUCAACAUUACCAUUCAAUCCCCUAUUGUUAUCAUUCCCAAUCAAUAGAUUAAUGAUUUACAUUCAGAUUGCUGGGUGUUGAAAUUAGGAGACUUUGAAAUAAUCACUGUUGACGAUAGACAAGUACCAGGGUUUAUCAAGUUCGGGUCAGAUCAUUACAGAAGAUUGGGCUUAAGUGGAGAAAGCAUUGGAAAACAAAAGGGAGCUGAGUAGUCCAUAUUGAAAAUCCACAACGAAAAAAAUUAGUUGGUUAAUUAAUUUAAUUUUAAUAAUGUAAAUUCAAUCAACCCUUUGGAGAAGUCAACUUCAAUCCAAAAUUUGUAACAACCAUAAUUGUCCAAUCCAUAAGCGGCAAAAUAAAAGAAGUAGAAUAAAGCUUAGAAUUAUGAAAAUUACAUCAUGAAGUUAAAGUCAGUUUAAUUGCAAUAUUUUUCAUCGAUUCAUUACUUUUACAAUUACCAGAAAUUGAGUUAAACCUAAAGAGGCAUGGACAUCUUGAAUAAUCCAUUGAGAGUCAGAUCUAAAAAAUAUGAUGUUUUAGAAGACUUCUCUAUGGAAUUGAAUCUCUAUUUCAAAAAGAGUAGCCAAGCAAAUCUCCCUUAAACAAAGAUCAACUUUGAAUUGCCUUCAUUAACAGCCUCAAUCAAUCCAGAAGUCCCUUAUACAUUUUAAAAGUUGAUGUAAACAAUAAAUGAUUUGAGUGCUGAUCAAUCCCUAAGUAGUAUUUUACAAUAGGAGAAAUCUAAAUUGAUUAAAUAUAGUUCUUGCAAAGGAAUCCUGAGAAAAAGAGGUAAGUUUUUAAGAUCAUGGUCGUCCUACUUUGCUGUAUUAUCUGGAUGGUAUAUCUACUUGUAUCAGAAUGAAAGUGACUUAGAUUACAAUCAAUACGUUGGACUGCGAGAUGUAGUUGUGUCUGAAGCAUAAUAAGAUAUCGGAGUAUAGAAUUCCUUCAAGAUCAAAUCCAAGAAGGAGAUCAUCUACUUUUAGGCCAAAACAGUCUAGGAGAAGAACAGGUGGUUCAAAUUCAUCCAAUAGAAGAUUCACGAUAUCAAAACCAAAACUGGAAAUCUCAGGAUUGGAUCAGAAAAUACAGUGCCACAAUAAAAUGAUAAGAGUAGGCGAGAAUUUGAAUAAACAGUCAAAUAAGUACCUAAGUAGAAUGACGAAUUGCUGACUAAAUAUAGAUUUCAAAUUAAAAGGUUUUAAAUUGAAUUGAAAUACAAUCAAUAAUCUGAAAUCCUAAUCACAUUUGAUCAAAUUAAACUGUUGAGUCUUUCAGGAAUAGCUGACAAUUAUUAAGAAUUUACUAUCAAUUCUAUUUCUAUUGAAGACCAUGGGCAAUCCAUUUUGAGAUCCAUCCAUUACUCUUAACCUAACACUCCCAAUCUCUUCAAGGUCAGAGCUAGUAUGGACGAGAAUUAAUUAUAAAGGAAAAUUAGAUAGGUUAUUGAUUUUAGGGAAGAGGAUCAAAUCCAAGGAGCAAUUAGAGUUCGAAUGUGCAACACAGACACUCAUUAGCCUAAUGAACCCUAAUCAUACAUCGUGGCAUAGCUUUCCUCUUUGGAAGCUCAUUAUUUAGAAUCAUUUCUUUCUAAAAUCAACUUGUUUAUGGUCCGACCUUCUCUACAGAAAACAAAGGAGAGCACAACUGAUCUAAGUGAAUAUACAGAUUAUACACCAUAAAAUACGGCUAUGAAAUAAUACGCACCAAAUCAAACUAGUGAGACUAAAUUUAUGUAGACAAGAUAGGAUUUAACUAAAGGAAAUAUUAAGAGUGUGCGAUCAUUUACUUUACAGAAGUCAUCUGUCUCAGACUCUGAAGUGCAUGACGGUUAAUUAGUUGAAGGGAAUGAUAAGCUGCCUGAAAGUAUCAUUAAGGUUUCCAUUUUGUCUCAGGAUAUUAAGUUGAUUGUAAUGGUUUAAGAAAAUGAGAAGGAGAAAGAAAAGUCAAAUGAAUUCCUAUAAAUACAAGUGAAUUUAAUAAGCGCAGUGUUGAAAAUUGAUGAUGACGAGUACUUUAUUGAAGGCAACAUAUAGAAAAUAGAAAUUAUCGAUUUAAAGUCAAUACAAGGAAAUAGACACAUGUUUUUAGGAAAAAAGGAGUAGAAAGAGAGGAAGAGAACCAAAGAGGAAAAGAAAAAGAAAAGUAUAGGCUUAACCAUAUUUUCAAAUAGCCAUUAAGUUGAAAAAUAGAUGGUUUAAUUUAAAUAUUCGAAAUUCAAAAUACCAAGCAAUAAUGAUAAUAUUUCUAACGAUCUAUACCUAAUCGUAAGGGAUUGUUUUAUAGAUUACUUACAUGCCACAAUUAUAAAGGUGUUAAGCUUAUUGGAGAUUUCUUAGAAGAAGAAAUAGGCAAAUAACGAAUAGAAUGAAUAGGAUUUAGAAUUGAUUAAAUAAAGACUGUAUGCUCCAUCUUUGAUUAAGAUUAAAAUCCUACUUGAGAAUCCUAAGAUACUUAUUAAGCCUGCUGGAAAUAUCAGUUAAUCAUUUGAACUGCAGAUAAAGUCAGUGUGCUUUGAGUUGGAUGCAUGCAAGGAAAAGAAUAAGGCUAUUGAAAUGUAUGUUAAGUAGAAUAAGAAAUAAAGCCUAUCAGCUCAGCAAUAAGAUUUCUUCUUAUGGUCAUAAAUCAUAGUGGUUUCUGCAGAUACGAUGAGAAUAUUGAUAAGAAGCACUUCAGAUUUGCAAUACAUAUCAAAUCCUUUUUCUGCUGCCCUGAGAAUACAGACUCCUAUGUUUGUGAGUGAAUGCGAAACGUUAUAUCCAAACAUCGUACUUAAUAAGAAUUAAGAUAUAAGAAUCAAAGUGACUGAUAUUCAACUCAACAUCCUUAGAAAUCACUAUCUAUUUUUAUUACAAGUUAUGCAAACGCAAUAUGAGAUUCAGAGUCAAAAGACUCAGAGAAAGAGACGACAACAACAAUAGCCGAAAAAACAGAACCAAGCUGCAUUGAUAUUCAAACUGUCAAAAAUAACUAUUAGACUAAUGGAUGAAUGUAAUUAAUUUCAGUCAUAAGGGACGUUUCUAAGGCCCUUGAUCGAUUUAAGCUUAUUGGAUAUUGUAUUUCAAUUCAAAACUAAUUUAUCGUUGUAAGUCUCAGAUUUUAAAAGCACAUAUUAUUAGUAUCCGUAAAAGGAUGAUCAUAAUCUGAUAGUGAGAAUAUAACAUGUUAUCAAUAAUACAGUAUUGGAGAGGAGGAAGUUAGAGGAGUUUUUAGAUGAAGACAUAUUGGAGCAUAAAGCGAAGGAAGCGAAGGAGUUGAUUAAUGAGAUGAAAAUGGAAUUUUAUAAUGAGUUAACAGUGAGUAGAUUUGAUUUAGAUGACAAGUUGAUUGUGAAAGCCAUAUUUGGAGAAGACUCUACAGAUGUCAAUAUUUCAAUUGGAGAAUCGAAAUACUUGAUCAAUGCUUAUUAUCUGAAGACCAUUGCUUUGUUUUUUGAAAUACCUAAAUAUGAAGAGGAGAUGUAAAGUUAAUAAUCUCCAUCAUCCUAAUAGCCAGUUCAAACGAAUUAUAAACAAAAAUAACCAUUGUUGAAUGUGAAUGUCAUUUUAUUAAAGACUUUGAUUAUAACUCAUAACGAGAAAUUAAAAAAUUGUUUGGUUUUGCAAUUAGAUUCCUUCAUGAAAUUGAACGACGAAUUAAAUAAUGAAGCUCAUAGUAACUAUCACUAGAAGAACAAAGAAUAAUAUACAAAUCAGUCUUCAAUUAAGAAUAGAAGAUUUGAACUAAGUCUAACGGUGUCAUUAUUCAAUACAAACUUCGCAGCACUACAAAAGAUAUCAAAGUAAAAUAAGAAAAAGAUGAUUUUAUAUCCAAUUAAAAUAGAAUUCAAUAGAAAUCAAUUUGUUUGCGAUUGUGAUGUCAAUUAUUCAAACUAUAAGACUGAUGGACAGAAUGAAUUAAUAUCAAAUAUAAUCGUAUAGGAUUAGUUAAGAUUUGAUAAGAUCAGAAUUAAUAUUUCACAUAAUGAUUCUGCUCUCAUACUACAGACAAUAAAGUUUCAAUAAGAUUCAAUUAAAUUAUGCGACUAAUUUUUCUGUGAUGAUGAGGAAUCGUCACUAAAUGAAACUAUAGCUCGUCAAUUGCCUAUUAAACCAACUCUAGGAAUUGAAGAAACAAUCCUUAGUAGAAAUGAAACGAAAAAGAAAAGUUUCUUGCCAGGGAAAUCUCAAUUAGUUAGACUGAAAUCGAGUCUAUUACAAGCAUCAUAGUAAAAGGAUGAAGUAGUUUAAGUGUUUUACGCGGCAGGAGAUUAAGAGAUGGAGAUGGUAAAGGAAGAGGAGGUGUUAUCUGAGUAGGAGUAGCAAUUUGAACCAGUUAGACCUAAAAUUAAAAUGAGCAAGAUGAAAAUAAAGUUGGAUCUUUUGGAGAUGGUUUUGGUUAAUGACAUUAAUAAAUCAUUUGCUCCAUUAUUACUGUUUAGAUUUAAUGUCAAGAAAUUUAUGUUUGAUCAGAAUGAAAUUAGCAAAGCACUCAAAUGCCUAUUCUAAAUUGAAUUGAUGUAUUUCAAUCCAGUUGCCAGUAAGAUGGAACCAAUUAUAGAACCAUAUCUAUCAGAAUUAUUCAUAGUUUAAUAAAGUCAAUCCAUGCAAACUAUUCAUAUUAAUGGACUGACACCAAUCUUGGACAUGAAUCUAUCCACUGACAUGAUACUCAACCUAUACAAAAUAUUGACUUAAUGGCAAUAAUUGGAAUAGGAUGACGAAGAAGAAACCUUCAGAAGAAAUGAAUCCAAAAAAAUGACUAGGUUGUCCAGUAUGAAAGGGAUAUCAUUUAAGGAGAACUAAGAUAAUGUGACUCUCUUUUCAUUUAUUAACAAGAGUGGGUAUACUCUGAAAGUGUAGAAGAAUGGGAAUGAGGGAUUAAUUGAAAUCUCUAAUAAUGAUUCGAAAAAUUAUGAAGUACAAUCUCAUGAUGAGGAUUAUGCUAAGACCUUUGAGAGUGAUACAAGACUCAUAAUUAAAUUUCUUGAUUCUAAUAUGGUUUAAAAUACGAUAAACAAUGUUCCCAUCAAUUAUGCUGGAGUUAAAAAGUUGUAAUGGAAUGAUUAGACUCAAUAUUAUGUGCUCAGCACCUAAAUUGAAAAGUUGUAGAAAACGAUCACCCUUUAUUCUCCUUACAUGUUUGUUAAUCAGACUGAUUGUGAUUUGUCAAUCAAAUUAUCAUGUAUCAAAAUAACUAAAAACUUUGUACUCAAGCCAGGUGAGUAAGCAGCUAUGCCAUAAGAAUUGUAUAAAGAUGAUAGCUUUAUUGUGAUUCACUUCUUAGAUUCCAAAUACACAAAAUUAACCUAACCAAACGAACCCAUAUUUAUUAAAAGGAUAUUCCAUGACAUCACAAUAUAAAUACUCCAUUAUCCAUGCUACACACUGGCCACUCUCAAUACAACCCUCGUUUAGAAUGUCAAAUAUAUUGAAUUCAAACCUGCCUUUAUUUUAUACAAUUUGUUACCCGUCCCACUUUAAUUUUUGUUUCAUUCAAAUGAAAAUCCAGAACUACAGAAACUCAUGAUUAAUCAUUAUAAAAAACCAGGUACUGCCAUCCCAUACGAUAAACAAUAAUCAGGAUUUUCUAGAGGGAAUUCUCUAUCUCAUUUAUAAAAUGAUUAUAAUGAACUCCUUGCAAGAUCUGUCACAGUCACAGAAAUCAAUUAAACAGCAACAAUCAAAGUUGAAGCUGGCUUAAUUGAAGUAGUUCCUUAAGGGGAAUUAUAAUUGCAUUGGCUGAAGACUGGUGAUCACUUGGGAAUCAAUUUACACGUCAGCGGAUUCGAAAUAAGUCAAUAAUAAGAUAUCAUAUAAGUUACUGAAUUUGCAUUGAAGGACACUUGCAAUAGUCAAAGUUGCCACAUCAGAGUAGAAAAAGAGCAGGUCAAAUAAACGAAAUUAAUUUAUUUUUCAGUCCAAACGUGUAUCAUAAACACUACAAGUCGGAGAUUAAAAUAUUACACCCUAUAAGAUAAUAAGCCCAUACUUUUAUCUGGACAAAAUAAGGAGCCAAAACCAGACAAGGAAAGCUUUGAAAGCAAUUACGAGAAGAUAUAAAUUACAGAUACAAUUAAGUAUCUAAUGAUUGGAGUGGAUGAUUGUAUUUCCAACGAAGUCAAUGUAGGUAUUUUAGGGUCAUUGGGCCUGUAAUUGAAGGAAAAGAAUGGAGGUAUGGUUUCAUUAAAUGAGUUUGGUAUCCACAUUUCUCUGGCGAAUAAUGUGAUAAGAAAGGGGGUUUAUACUAAGGUCAUUGAAAUCAUGCCGAGAUUCGUUAUAAUCAACAAUACAGGGGUGCAAAUUAAUAUAUGCUAAUCUGGGUAUGAAUCAUAACCAAAAAAAAUGAAUCCUAAUAAGAGAUAUCAUUUAAUUUGGCCUGAUUGUAGGUUAGAAAAAUCAAUACGAAUUUAAAAGUAUGGCAAAUACAACUGGAGUGGAGACUUAUUCAUUAAUGAAAUCAGAAGUACAAAUUUCUUUUCUUCUGCUAUUAAUGAAAAUAGUCAACAGAUGUGCAAUCUCUCUGUCGAAUAGGAGAAGAGUCGAAUGUUUGAAAAAUCAGGCAUUUAUAAGUAGUUCAAUCUAAAGAAAUAUGAUCCUUAGGAAUUUCUACAGUAUAAAGAAUCCUUGCCUUUAUAAAGCUCAAUGAUUUGUUCAUCAAGUCAGGAGUACUUUAAAGAUUGUUUGUUCCUGACAGCUGAAAUAACAAAGGUCAAAGCAACUAAUUUCAUUUUAUUGGAAUAGCAAAAUGAGGAAAAUCAGCUCUACAAAUUAGUAAACAAGUGUCGUCCCUUUAAGAUACAUUACGGAUAAGACAGCUACAAUAGCUUUUAAGAAUGGAUACUGGAUUGCGAUUAAACAGUGCCGUUUUCUUGGGAGCAACCAAGUCAUUCUUUCAAACUUAGAGUGAAAUUCGUCCACAAUCAAAAGAUUGAACAUGUUGAAAUCAUAGACUUUUAAUAAUAGGAAAGUCUAUAGGAGAUCAAGUUUUCAAAUUAUUUUAUUUGGAUCAAGUCUGAAUUCUAGGGGUAAACCAGAGUCAUCACAUUUCAAUAGGUUAAUGAAUCAAUGAGGAAUAUGACUACAUCUCAUAAACGAGAAGUUGAAGACAUUCACAAAUUAAUUAAAUUGCACAUAUCUCAAUUGGGUAUUUCCAUAAUCACAAAAAGAUAGAACAUGCUUCUCGAGGCUAAUUAUAUAUAUAUGAAUGACAUUGAAUUAGGCAUCAUGCAGACAGAAAAUUAGACGACGGCGUAAUUGCGAGUUAAGUUUUUCCACAUUGAUAAUAACACAUCUUUAGACACAACCACACCUGUCAUGUUGACUUUAAGGAGAUACUACUAAGUCACUCAUGAUAGAAAUUAUUACUUUUUAGAUGCUAGCUGUUCCUUUGAACAUUAAGUCAAGGCAAUUCUAUUGUACAAUUCCAUCAAAAUUUACAUAUAACCCUUCUAAUUGCAGUUUGAUGAAGAGUAUAUUCAGGUUGUUCUUGAAACCAUCAAGUAGAUCAAGUAAAAUCUAUAGAAUUAAUUUGAAUUUGAAUAUAACGGUUCACCACACUCAAUUAAAUCGUUAUGUUUCUAAACUCCUCAAUAACGACAUUAUUAUUUAGAGUCUAUGUCUUAGCAAAACUAAUCCAAUCCUUGUAUCGUAUGGAAAUCUCUUGAAAUCAAUAGAUCUAAAAAAUAGGUUUACAUCAAGGAGUUUGUUCUCUCUAAAAUAGAUUUAAGAUUCUCAUUUCAUAAAAGAUUCAGAACCAAUAUUCAAUAUGAUGAGAAUGUUUUCAAUCUGUUUUCUACAGCCAUUGGAGCAACAGUCCAAAAUUUUAAUGAUGCUGAAAUCAUCCUUGACUGUUUCAGAUUAAGAUCAGUGUAUGAUUCUAAGGAAAUAGUACUCCAAUCUAUUUAAGAUCAUUAUAAGAGUGAGAUCAUAAGAGCCAUUCUAAAAAUUAUCGGCUCUAUUGAAAUCAUAGGUAAUCCAGUCAAAUUUGUUCAAUAGAUCACAAAUGGAGUUGUUGACUUUGUUGAGAUGCCAAUUCAAGGCUUAAGACAUGGUCCACUUGAAUUUGGAGUUGGAUUAUGCAAGGGUACGGGAUCUCUCUUAAAAAACACUGUAGCUGGUGCAUUUUAUUCUGUUAACAAAGUCACUGGAUCUAUUAGUGCAAGCGUUUCGCUAUUAUCUAUGGAUGACGAUUAUUUGGAAAAACGCCGAAUAUUUAUGUUGAAAAGACCUGAUCAUGUUUUGGAUGGACUAUCGUAAGCAGGACAUUGUCUCUAUGAUGGAUUUUCGAAUGGAAUAACUGGAGUAGUCACAUAACCAUACUAAGAAACUCAAUAGAACGGGUUUAAAGGAUUCGUUAAAGGAACACUCAAAGGGUUAUCUGGAUUGAUUGUUAAGCCUAUAGCCGGAGUACUGGAUGCAAGUGCUAAAGCAGCUGAGGGAGUGGUUUCAACUGCUACACAUUUCGACGAUAAACCUAAUGACACAAGAAUUAGGUAUCCAAGAGUUUUCUAUGAGAAAUCCAAAUACUUUUCCAAGUAUAUUGCUUUAGAUGCUCAAGUUGUCAAUUUUCUAGUUGGAUUUAUGAAUGGAAAAUAUAAAGACAUUGAACUUAUUUCAUGUUUUUAUCUGAAGGAAUCAGAAACAUAACUUAACAAUAUGUAAAGACAAAUAUUAUCAGCUACUAAAUCGAUUCAUGAAUGCUUUAAGAACACUUCGAAAAUUCUAAUAUUGUCAUAUUAAUAUAUUUUAGUGUUGGAGAACAUGACACUUGUCUAAGAGAUCAUUACAAAAGAAAUUGUAGAAAUAUCGGAACCAAUCAAUGGAUUUUUACGACUCUCAACUGAAUCGAAACCAAAUAUUGACAUCAACAUACUCUUAGAAGAAAUCGAUUUGAAAAAAGCAACUUCAUUAUUGGAUUACUUACAUUAAUAGGUCAAAAGUUAAUAUGAUUGA